UCGACGUCCAAAUUAUUAUCGGUGGUAUCCGCUGCCUUCGCCAUCGUCUGUGUCUAUUUUGUUAGCUCCCGGUCCACCAACCACAUCCCAAACUCAACGGAGUGCUUACGUUUUGUGUGCGCGAAGACCCCCACCCCAGUGAACGCCUGUAAACGACCGGUUCCGGUUCCGGUGCCACACGAAAUUUGCCGCUACGCCGCCUACUGUAAAAAAAACCCUUAACCCUUAACCUGUCCUUCAAACCGAGCAGCUGGUGGCAACACAUGCAAGCUGGAAAUCCGACGCAGGAAGCCAUCAUCCCAGAGAUGAGUGCGUGGUGUUGUUGAGCUCGGACCCAUUUGAACUCGGGAGUGAAACGCUCAGGACGCGCAGAAAACCUUUCGACGCCGUGGGAAAGCCAAAUUCACCGUGUGCCGCAACGAUGGAAGUAACCGAACCGGGUUCCUUGUGCAAUCGUAGCCACCGCCUCCGCUUCACCCUCAGCUAGCUCACCUUUGGCCGUCGGCUCGGCAGGUGAACGAGGUAGUCGAGUGAGCCCGGAAGAGACGAGAAGGGAAGGACGCACCGCGACGGCGGUGACGACGACGACGGCGACGAAGACGAAGACUACGAGAAGCAAGGAUCGGAACCACCGGCAACGUGCGUGCGCGAAUGAAUGUGGGUGUGUGUGUGUGUGUAACGCGGAAAUGUGUAUGUUCGUUGCGUAAAAAGUGAAUGUGUGUUUGCCUGGAUGUAUGUGUGUGUGUGCAUGUGUCUGUGUGUGUUUGUCUCUAGUGGUUCACAUGUUGUGGCAGUGUGCGUGAAAAGUGCGUGUGGAGUGUUGUUGUAGAGAAACGCGAGUAGGCGAAUGCUGCGGGAGCCAACAACAAUCGCGAAGCAUAUCCAAUCGAAGCUGGCCCAACGGCGCAAGGAUACCGAGGAGUGAAGCACGAGCACCGCAGGAGCCGCAGGAGCAGAAGUAUCGAGCUAACGGGUUGUUUUGUUUGCUCGGAAUUACUUACCAACGUUCUUUUGCUGAUCGCUCCGGAAUUACAGAAAAUUGCCGGAACGGAAGAAAUAAAAAUAUCGUCACCGAAGAGCACGCGUCUGUCACAACCGAGAAAAUGGUGAAGGAGAAACCCAACUCCACCAGAAUCUACGAUAAGGAAGGCUACCGCCGCAGAGCAGCGUGCAUAUGUGUGCGAUCAGAGGCCGAAGCGGAAGUUUUAUUAGUCACGUCGUCCAGACGACCGGAACUAUGGAUUGUGCCGGGCGGUGGCGUCGAGCCGGAAGAGGAAGCUUCAUUGACGGCUGCCAGAGAAGUAUUGGAGGAAGCCGGCGUCAUGGGUGACCUUGGCCGUUGUCUUGGUAUUUUUGAGAACAGCGAGCACAUGCACCGUACGGAGGUGUUCGUAAUGGUCGUUACGCAGGAACUGGAAGAGUGGGAAGACUCGAAAACAAUCGGCCGCAAGCGCCAGUGGUUCUCGAUCGAGGAAGCAUUAUCCCAGCUGGCGCUUCACAAGCCAACCCAGCGAACAUACCUGCAGCAGCUGCGUCACUCGAAGCACCGCUGUCCCACUUCUGCACCACCAAUUAUCUCCGAGCACGGCGAUGACGGGUCCACGCUCGAACCGACCACCGAUGGGACGACUGAGGAACCGGCCACUUCCACGACACCGACGGCAAAUAACAGCGGCGAAACCGAAGCGGUGGCCACCGGUGACCAGGAAGAGCAGCAGACGUCGUCGUCAUCGCCAACACCCGCCGAGGGUGAUGCGGAACCCACCACAGCCCCAUCACCUCCACCGACUCCAAACACUUAAACCCAAUCUAAUGAUCAACCGGAGAAGAGAAUACCUUUCGUAGGCACUCGUUUUAUUUCUUCAUAUUUUUUCCGUUUAAGCGUUUUCUACAACCAUGUUUCCAGCAGUGUUUUCUGUUGUCCACAUCACCAGCGCUGAAAAAAACCUGAAGCAGUUAAUUUGAUUAUCUCGAAUACCAUAUGGACAGCUUGUUCGUCAAUAUUUGUGGUUAAGAUUUAACAAGCAUGCAAACUGCUGAUGUGUGGCAUAAGUGCUCUAAGAUGUUGAAAAUGUUAAGAUGCAAUAUCCCUUCUAACAUGCAAUACAGUGGAAUUUGCCCCCUUUCUUCGUCUUGAUUGAACACAAGGAACAAAGAUUGAAACGAAAUUGCCGUCUGAACUAUGUUAAAUGGAUUUCGUUUCAAAUGUGUUUCUAAUCCCCGCCCCCGUUGGGGGGUCUAGCGCCAGCAGUAUGGUUUGAUACGAGAUUAUUAAACCACAACAUCGUUUACUUGAAAGGCUUUCAUCGCAAGCGCCACACGGCGAAGAGUGAUAGGAGGGCACAUAGUUAACGGUUAACAGCAGCAUGCGACCACUGCGAUAUUAACUAAUCCACACAUAAACUGAAACACUCAUAAGCAUGCACUUUUCGGAUCUUAAACUAUAAUCUUCACGCUCUCCAAGAUAUUGCUGAUUUUGCGACCCAUGAGCUUAAGAAAUCUUACAGAGUAGAAAC